AUGGCGCCCUAUACAACCUACAAACUGACGAUGGACUGCCUGGUGGUGGUUGAGCGUCAAACUGGUGACCCGAGGGUCAAGCAAGUACUCGAACCACUGUUCUCGGGCCAUGGACAAUGCAGAUGCGAUGUGCGAGGUUGUGUAGUGAUGCACGACACACCAUCACUGCACAAGCUGCUAUGGACAGCUGCUGCACUUGACCAUAGAGUAGCACUAACACAGUCCGAAUCGUGCGCCAUACACAACUUCGAUCAGCACUAUACAACGCUUGCCGCGCGACUCACAUCGCCACCAUUCAGUUCUUUUCCACCACCCUGGUGGUGGGCCAGUAUCCGCGAGGGAUGGGGGAAUGUGGCCCAUGAGCCAUAUUGGUCGCCUCAGUCUCAGGUACGACGCAUUCUGGACAGACUGCAUUGGGUCAACCUCAACCCUGGGGAAUCUGGCAUCACUGCCAUUCUCAUCAACGAGACAUGUCGUCUCAAGAUCGGAGUAACGAUUCACAAUACCACCGAUUUCGACGGCGGUAUACAGAGAAUCAAGACUCUGUUGAAAGCUGCAGUCCUGUGCGAGCGACAAUUUGAUACUGUCCAAAACAUUCAAAGCAUCCGCCGGGGCUCGAUGAACGUGCUAGAGUGGCUGCGGAAGAUCCAGGCGCAGCAUACACACGCCCAGCUUGCAGAUCUGGCAAGGCGCCUUCCUACAAACGUAACACUAUCGGGUAGGCAUAAGCGACAAAGGAGUGCCGCUUCUCCUCACAGUGUCUGGCAGGAGUUUCCUGCUUCACUCGAGGUAGAGGCGAUACUGUCCUUGAUAGAGGUUUGCAAGAGACUGGUCCACUGGUCAGCCAGUGCUCAGCCUAAUACACUCCAUGAUUUGCUGACUUCAAGCUGUACCGACCUCCUGUGCACACUCCCGCGGUUCCUGGAAGGCAUUGGUUUGGGUGAGUCAGCGCUGAACCAUUUCAAGGCACGACAGUGUGAGGAUGGCUGGGCGAACUCCUAUGCAAACCGAAUGUUUGUACGCACGAUGGAAGGGGUUGCUCUACACCAUCCACUGUGGCUUCUUCUGCAUCAUACUGCACUCGCCCGGUUAUGGAACACACACGAGAUCAACAUCGAAAUGAUCAUUAAUGAGAAGAUCCGGGGCGGAGAAUAUGGUUGGCUGCCAGUGGGACCGGCACUGCUGCAGCCAGCUCAUCAGUCUUACACUACCACCACUCCGCCAGUAUCGGCAAAGUGGCUUCCAUUACCUGUUUGGCACUAUACGCCAGAGCCCGCACGAUGGAUAUCGCCUGGCACAGUUCUGGCGGAGUGGCCACGACGAGACUCUGUCAUCGUGCCACUGGCUGGCACUCCGUCUUCCAGACCACCCAUUCCAAGCUUGUCUCUGACGUCUCAAGUAUCAUUCACAACUGAUCUGAGUGUGGAUGAAGAUGGAAAGAUUGAAUGGAACCUGUUCUCCGAGCAAGAUCUGGCCAAGAAGGUCCGUAGCCAGGACGAUUGGGCCGUCACCACGCAGACCAGUCGAGUCACUGCCAGUCACAGCGGCUCUUUUCGUAUUACGAGGGCAUCCGCUUCGGCAAAAGUCGAAGAUAUGGAGUUUCUGCAGAAGUGCGACUACAAGGGACGGGAGCGGGAGGAAAAGACUGCCAGACGUGAAGUCCACAGAAGAUUUUGUCGCGUCUCUGUCGCAGAAUCGCAGCCGUCUAGCCUGCUACCACCCACACACUCGGUGUUGUGA